UUGGCAAUACUGGCGAGAAUUAUUUUUUUCUACCACGCGCGCGCAAGAAGAUAGAGUAUAGUUAUAAGAUUACAAUUAAUAUUUAACAUUUAUUAUAAAUCUGCUUGGACUGCGAUAAAAAAAUGAGUUUGUGGGUUGAUAAAUAUCGUCCAACAACACUUGCGAAGUUAGAUUAUCAUCUCGAACAAGCAGAGGACUUGAGAAACAUGGUACAAAAACGAGACUUUCCUCAUUUAUUAGUGCACGGACCACCUGGUGCAGGAAAGAAAACACGAAUAUUGUGUAUUUUGAAAGAACUUUAUGGAAGUGCAGCUGAAAGAGUAAAAGUAGAAACUGUGCAGUUUGAGACAGCAUCUAAAAAGAAAUUAGAAAUAUUAACAAUGAGCAGUAAUUACCACACAGAAGUAAAUCCCAGUGACGCAGGAUUACAUGACAGAAUUGUUAUUAUGGAAUUGAUAAAAGCAACUGCACAAACACAUCACAUAGAUAUAGGUCAAAAGGAGUUUAAAGUGGUAUUGUUGUCUAAUGUGGAUCAACUUACAAGAGACGCACAGCAUGCACUUCGUAGAACAAUGGAAAAAUAUAUUAGUACGUGCAGAUUGAUUCUUUGUGCAAAUUCAACAUCACGAGUAUUGCCAGCAAUUCAAUCACGAUGUGUGCGAAUCAGAGUUCCUGCGCCAACAGUCUUUGAAAUCAAAACUAUUUUACAUUUAAUUUGUAAACGUGAAGGAUUAAACAUACCUGAUGAAUUAAUUAAUCGAGUAAUUGAAGCUAGUAAUAGAAAUCUUAGACGGGCAAUAUUAAUGCUCGAGGCUUGCAAAGUCGAACAAUAUCCAUUUACUACCGAUCAAAAAGUAACAGAGCCGGAUUGGCAAAUAUAUAUACGAAAUACAGCUAGUAUGAUGGUUUCUGAACAAUCUCCUAAAAUACUUUUAGACAUACGGAAUAGAUUUUAUGAUCUGUUAACGCGUGCUGUACCAUGCGAUCUAAUAUUUAGAGGAUUGCUACAAGAAUGCAUAAAAAAAUGUGAUGAUCAAUUAAAAAAAGAAAUUAUCGGCACUGCGUCAGAGUAUCAACAUAGAAUGAUACGUGGCUCGAAACCUAUUUUUCAUUUAGAGGCUUUUGCUGCACGAUUUAUGGCUGUUUACAAAAAAUAUAUUGAAUCAUCUUUAGAAAGUUUUAUGUAAAAUUUGUUCUUUAAUGUUUUUUACAUUUGUAAUAAAAUGAUUAUACUAUAUCAGUUACAUUAUAAGUUUUCAAUAUCUUUUAAACAUUAUCAGUAUGAAGUAAAAAUAAUUAAUUUUUA